AGCAAAUGAAUGAAAGUGAGGAAAAAAAGUGUCAGACUUGUUUACAGAGUUUUCAUUGUGACAAUUUAAUUAGUUGAUUAAAAUUAACUAACUAUUUGAACUAAAGCUUUUCUAAUAGAUAUCUGGAUAAGAAUGGAAUGAAUAAAAUUGCAAAUGAAUGGUAAACAAAUGAGUGAGAUUUGUCAAAUAAUGUGAUUAAGAUGUAGAUCAAAUUGCUAUCAUUAAAUUGAACACACCUUAACCAGAAAACGGGUUAAUUGGUCAAAUAACAAUUCCGUCCAAUUUUUGGACUCACUUUGUGAUAACCAUCUCAUCUCGACACAUCUCGUAAAUCUCAUUAAGUUAAGCAAGAAGUGAGUUUAAAACACUGUUGAGUUAAAAGCCAACUUGCCUCCAAAUGCUUAUUAAAAGUGUCCACUGUUGAUCAUUUACCACAAUCAGACUUGGAUAAAGUGAAGGUUUAUCGUUGUCCAUCUUUCCAUCGCAAGUCUUUCAUCCAUCAAAAACCAUGGCCCAUGUUCAUUAUCGCCAAUAUUAUUGGUGCUUUUUAAUCAUGACCGUUUUACCGAAGUUAGCUUAUUCCAAAGGAGAUUGUGGUAAGUAUUCGUGAUUAUUUAGAUUCAGAUUCUUGACGAGACUUGAGUAAAUUAUGAAAAGACCUUUUCUGAAAUAUAUUUCAUAUUUCGAUCGUUCAAUUAGAUUGUGGAAUUGGUGGCGAACCAGUUUCAUCUAAAAUUUAUGGUGGAUCAGUGGCUUUUUCUGAUGAGUAUCCAUGGAUGGCCCACUUGAGGUAAAUCAUUUGGAAUGCUUAAUCUUUUGUAACAUUGUAACCUAGUGUUUAUCUUGCUUCAGGUUUUUUGAUAAAGUUGGUGGUACUCGAUAUGGCAUGUGUGGCGGCUUUUUGAUAGAUUCAAGACAUGUUAUGACAGCAGCUCACUGUAUAAUGGAAACUCAAACCAAAGUACGAAAAAUUGAGGCAACCGAGGUGUAUCUUGGAGUGCAUGAUUUGAGUAAACUAAAUACAGCCCAUAAGGUCAACACUUUCUAUUAUCCGGCCAAUUAUAAACAAUACGAUCUCUCCAAUGACAUUGCCAUCCUUCAAUUAGCCAAUCCAGUUAAUUUUACCAAAAAAAUACGUCCCAUAUGCUUGCCUAAAUCAGAUGAUGAACCAUAUAAACGAUUAAUUGUGGCUGGUUUCGGUCGACUUGGUCCCAAUAUGGAUACAUCAACACUUUUAAUGCAUGUCAAUGUUGAAUAUAUACCAAAUCCCAAAUGCAAUGAAAUGAUCAAAGAUUAUUUCAUAAGGAACAAUCCUGACAUUAAGAAAGACCCUGACCGUUAUGAUAUACCCAAGGUACAUGAUACUCACAUGUGCUGUGUUGAUAAAAGCACUGGAGGUGAUGCAUGUAGAGGUGAUUCUGGUGGUGCUUUGAUGUACAAAAAAGACGGACGCUAUUACGCAGUAGGCAUUGUUUCAGGAGCUUUUGAUGAAUGUGGUGAUCCACGAACACCAGGUUUUUACACAAUUGUCAGAAAAUUUAGGGAAUUAAUAGGAAAGGCGACAAAAGAUGCAAAAUUUUGUAGCUUUUAAACUCAACCCAACUAGGUAACUAUCACUUUGUAAAAUAACAUUAUUCAAAACAUUAAUGUACAAUGUAAUUUAUUGAAACUACAAGCUAACUCAAAGACACCUUUGAGCAGUUUUUUACGUUUUUAAAUAAGUCAAAAAAACUUGAAAAUAAUUAAAAAUGAAACAUUUGAUUUCGGCCCAAAAGCUGUAAUUACGUUGUCGCGAACGAGUAACAGUGUCAACUCGGCAACAAUUAUCAUAGGAAUUAUUGAAAAUACUAAAUCUUAUCAGAUAGUCUGAAGGGGCUUAUUAAAGCCCAAAAAACUGGUCAUCACAGUCAACAUGAAAGGCUUAAAAAUAAUGUAAAAGUUCAUUUUUUUUCUGUCAUUUUCAGUCUCUUUUUUAUCAGCUUUUCCUGAUGCGUUGGUUUUAAAAAUUUGUAUAUUUUGGGGCGACAUUCAGGCCAAGACCUUUCGUUUGCAAUUAACGGAAAAUUUAUUGAGUUCGGAGAAAUUUUGACACAAAAUUACCAAAAUGGUAAUAAUAUUAUGGAUAGAUAUUAAAUUGUUAAAGUAUUUCAAUCAAUAAUAUUUAACAAAAAUUAGAUUGUAAAUUGUUAGCAAAAUGGAUUGAAUGGGAAAAGUAAUAAAAGAUUUUGCAAAAUUUUGCUCCUGGGCUAUUCAAUUUCAACCAUUCCUCAACCUUUUCUCAUUUUUUCAUCUUUAUCUUGUUGAUCAUUUUCAUCAUUUUCAUCAUCAUCCUUUCAUCUUCACCUUUUAUCUACCUUUUUUAGUGUGACAUAUUCAUUGCAUUAACCUUAAUUUUUAGUUUUACCUUCAUUUUGAACGAGUUGAAAGCAAAAAUGAGAAUCAAGCUAUCAAAGUGAAACAAAAUGAAUCAAAUAAAUUGUGUGACCAAUUAGAUGAUUAGUUAACAAUUGGUGACCAAUGAUGAUGAUGACAAAAUUUAGGUUAAUGGCUCAUUCAGUCUCAAUGAAGAAAGUAAGAUGAAAAAAAAGUGAGACAAGCAAAUCAUUUCAAUCAUUCAGAAAUAUGAUGAUAGAUGAUGAUAUUUGCAAAAUCAAUUUCAAAGCCUUUUCCAUUAAACAACUCAACAUUCAAUGUUAACAAAUUAAAACAUUUAACUCAAAUAAUUGCUAAAUUAUCUGUAAAUCCAUUUUUCAACAAUUAAAAUUGUUCAAUUUACUUUUCUCUGCAUUUCUUUCAUUUUCAUCUUUUUACCGUUUCAUGUCAAGUUGCUAGUCAAUGUUCAACAAUCAACUUUUACGCAAAUUGUUCAAUAAUCAUUGUUAUAACCAUCAUCAUGACAAUUAACAAAUUAACUGUAACAAUUUGCAACUCAUCAACUCUCAUUAUUUUCAUGUAACCCAGAUUGGUUAACAAUUAAAUAUCGAUAAUUGACUUGGACAAAUUGAAUAAAAUCAAUUGUAGAGAAUCGUUAUUAUUAAAUUUACGUUAAUCACAAUAAUAAACAUAAAUUGCUGCUAAUGAUACUUUUGGAAACCUCAAUUUUCAUGAUUGUUCACACAAAAGCAAAUCUAUGUUAGUCAAUGAAAAGUUUCAUUUUCAUCAACAAUUAGUUUCGUUUUUCCUGCGAAUCAAAGCGUUUCGUUUCACCACUUUUUUCAUUAUUAUAUCAUUUCAGUAAUUUACUUUCUUUCCGAGUUCGAGGUUGAUUUUACAGUUUAAUUCAUCCAAUUCAAUGAUAAAUUUAAGAGCACCAUUAAAGCUUGAUCAUGAUUUUUCAAUUCAUUUCCAUUCUCACCAAUUGUCCAAUUAACUAUUAAACUCUUUUUUUUCUUGUCUUCAUGUUCAAUUCAUGAACCUUGACCGUAAAUUUCAAUACAUAUAAAUAUAUUUCAAUUUAAAUUGGAAUGAUUUGAUUGGAUAAACAUGGAAAAAUUGUUGAUACAAUUUGAUAAUCCUUGAUUUGGAGUAAAGGUUGAAAAUUAAGUUGAUAUUGAUUCGGUUAUUGCAUGAUUAAGCAUUCAAUGAUCAACUCUAAACAUAUUCAAACAGAACAAUUGAAUUAAUUCAUGAAAAUCAUACAAGUCUAUGAAUUGAAGUAACAUUUAAAUUGAGCAAUUCAUUUCCUCCAAUUAUAGCCAUUUGAUUGUGAUAAUUUUGAUUGAGUUUUUCAAUCAAAAAAGAUGAAAAUUUUUUCUGCAAUUUCUCAGGUUGUAAGCAAAGGAUUGAAAAGUGAAAUUCAUUAUCGAUUAAAUGUAAACAUCGAAGGAAAGUUUAAUCAAAAGUUAAUUAGUGUGGAUUGUUAAUCAAGGUUACAAAUUAAUUAUGUUGCUUGGUAAUCAACAUAACUAUUGUUUAAUGUGCAUCUUUAAAAGGUACGUAAGUGUGAAACAAAAGUUAAGCUCAUUUUGUGUUCAUACUUCACCUGUUUCCAGACUGUAAAUAACAAGAGACAAAAGUUGAUUGCGAUAAUAGAGUAAUUUUUGUUAAUUUGUCUCAUCGUUAUUGACUUUCACUGUCAAUGUGCAUGUAAGUAUUCAGCUGUGGAUUCAGUGUGAUAAUGAUAAUUCUGUCAUCAACAUCAACAUCAACUGUCGAGUUAACUUAGCAACAAACAAACUCACGGAAUGUCAACAAUUAAGAAUCAAGAUUGUUCAAACUGAGAGUGCACUGAAUGCACACCAAGAAUGCUUAAAAUUUGACUAAAUCCUUGAAACAAGAGACAAUAAAUUGAGACUGAAUCCAUGGAAAAAUUUUCCAAGUAAAAUAUUCACUGAAAACUCAACCAAUUUCAAAGUUAAAUUGGGUUUAGAGUUGAUUCAAGGUGAGCUCAGAGUUAUUUUCAAGAUGUUUCAAAGUCGAUUGAAAGUUGCUUUAAAAACAAAAUGGUUGAAUGAGCAGAGAUGCAAUUGAUAACCGAUAAGUUCAUAGAUAGAGAUGAAAAUACGUUAUUUUUUGACGAAAAGUUGAGAAAUAAAAAGAAGCUUGAAAAGCCUUUUAUAGCAAUUUUCAAUUCUCUUGAUACAAUGAAUAAUACCUUGAUUGGAAAUGAAUUACUUCCUUAACCUUGAUUUUGAAGCUUUAUUUUUUUACAACCAAACACUAAAUCACUGGAUAUGCAACAAUCAAUAUUCAACAAUUAACAUUCACUGACAUAACAUCAUCAAUUGUACCAAAUUUUAUAAGAAUCAUUUCCAUCAUUGUUUGGCUUUUUUGUUUCAUUUUGCAAUUCAAUUGUUCAAUAAACGAUUGUAAAUUGUAUUCAUAAAUGGAUGAGAUAAAAUCACAAAAGGAUUACUCAGAUGAACCUUUCCAUGAUACAUUCUGGUAUUCAAAAUUACUGUUGAGAUAAAUUGUGACUGACAAACUAAUUAAGCUGCAAGGUUAACAUAACUUGAUGCCAAAAUUGAUCCUGCCAAUUGUACUUUGAGUGAGUGUAAACCCACAUUAACCCAAUAUAUGUAAAUAUAUGAAUGAAUAAGUGAAGAUGAAAAUGAUAAGUAAAUGAUCAACAAUUCAUUAUAACAAUUUGGGUUGUCAUUAAGAUUCCCAUGUUAUAAUUGAAAUGCAGAUGAACACUUGCAACCUGUGAUUAACAAAUUGAUAACCAUGUUUGGUUAACAUUUAAUGUUUACAAAUUCAAAUAGAUUCAGUUUUCACUUUCAUAAUCAUUGUUCAAGGUUAUUCCUAGUUAUCAUGGUCAUGAAAAUUGAGAUUUUUUGUUUGCUUCUAAUACAAAGAGUGAGAAUUUUCGAUGAAAAGGAUCAUGAAAAUGAUCAUCUUCAAGGUAGAUUAAUGUCAGUUAUUAUUCUGAUCAAUUAAAGAUCAACUUGUUUUUUUUCCCUGAAAGUGAAUGGUCAAAUUUUAAUGAUAACAUGAUUAAUUUUAAUCUAAAAAACUUAAUGAUCAGAAGCUGGUUCAUUGAACUGAUUCUUGGUUAAUGUUACCAAAAAAAAGGUAAACUCACAAUAUUAACCAACAGGUAGAUCUAUCUUGAGGUGACAAAAUUCAGUGUUUUUUAUUAAUGAGAAAAAAUUGUCCAAGUAAAAUGAUAAUCUUUUGCACUUAACUCAAAAUGACCGCAAAGAUAUUUAAAUAGAUGCGGUUUGCAUAAUUGGACAUUAAUGAUCACUGGUUAGUUUGUACUUUGAUUAUUGUAUUAACUUUUUUUAACAGUUUCAGUUAAUACAAUUAAACGAUUUUAGAGACUUUAUUUAAAGCAUUAAAAUGAAGUUGAAUUAAUCAUAUUGGAACUUAUUUUAUCAAGUUUAGUCAUUUACAGGUCAAUCAUACAAACUGGUAAAUCAUAUGAUUUAGCUAAUCAAUGAACAAACUUUGAUCAAUGAUGAAUCAAUUGGUAGAGACGGUUAAUGUUCAAGUAAACAUUAUUGUUGAAAUUUCAUGGAAAAGUUGAUUUUCAUGAUGAUACAUCAGGCUUGGUGAAAGAGUUUUCACCCUUUCAGAGGUUAAAAGGUGAAGUUAUAAUUUGUUGAAAAUUCACUUGAACUUUAUCCAGAUUUCAGUGACUCUUGAGUCCAAAAUUUUCAGUUGACAUUUUCAUUUAGCACAUUUGAUGAAACAGUAAAUUUUAUCUUUGCCAUUGAAAUACCAGAAUUAACUAUAAUUAAUCAAAGUGUAAUCAUUGCAGUUGCUGCAUCACGAGUUGAAUCAAUUUUUCAUGGCAAUAAUGAAACAGGCAAUUAAAUCUAUGGUAAAAGGUAUCAACUAAUCUGAAACCAUUCAAUUGAUAAGUUUAAUCGACUUUAUAACCAAAUCGAAAGGAUUGCAAACUAUUUCAACUGGACUUGGAAACUGUUGAAAGGUUGUUAUCAAAAGUCGAAUCAAUCGAUCAAUAUUUGGUCCAAUGUGUCUAAAUAAGUGGCUAAAUAAGAUCAGGUAAAACAAUUGAUCAAGUUUCGUCUUAAAUGGUUUCCAUUGUUUUUGUAUAUUAGCCUUUUAGACAAAAAAAAGAGAAAGGUUGUCUUCGCUUCAAUAAAUCACAUUAACAAUAAACUUGAGCAAAAUGAAUGAGAAUGAAAACGGUCAUAAAUGCGCUAAAAAACACCGAUGAUAACAGUUUCAAAUUGGGCUAAUAAUAGCAUUGAGUCUCUAUCAGAGUGACAACAAUUCAUGAUAGAUAAUAAUGAAAAGGAAAGAAAAUUGAAACUUUUCUUUCACUUGGCACUUGACAUAGACAUCUUUUCAUUCAACUCAUUUUCAUCAUGUAACUGAAUUUUUGACGCUUCAUUUCAUUUAUUGAUUUUUUACUGCAAACACUUUUCAUGAAAAAAAACAAAGAGUUAUACAGAUCUUUAUCCUUAAAUUUGUUGCUUUUGUGUUGACAUUUUUGCUCAUAUUUUUUACAAGUUAACCUGUUUCCGAGUUAACCUUUUUCAUGUGUUCAGAAUCGACUGAAAACAAUUGAUGCUAUUUUCAUUCAGGCCCACAACAAGUAGACACAGUCACACACAAAUUCACAAUAUUUUGAUAUUUGUAACACUUUUCCAGGUUUCAUUUUUUUUUCUUAACGCGAAUCAUCUGAUUUUUAAUUUUAAUCAAUCAAACAGUUUAUCGAUCAUCAUUUUCUGACACACUUGGCUCUAAACGGGAGCUCAACGUUAGACCAGCAAGAUAGAUCAGAUUGCCCGAUUCAAUCGGCACUUUAAUCAAGUCAAUACACUUUGACUUUUCAUUUUUGUCUAAAACAGUAAACACUUGAUAUUGGAAAACCUUAAAUCACAGUUUAUCGCCAUUUAUGUAUUUCAAUACUUAGUGAAACUAAUCUUUAAAACUCUUGAAAGCAAGUUAAUUUAAAACAAAUUAAUCAACACUUAAAAGUAAUCAAUUGUUAGUGUAUUUUCAUUAAUUGAAGUGAUAAUGUUUCAUCGAUUGAUUCAACUUUUAUGGACAAUUUAUCUAUUCAAUUCAAUGAUUCCGUACCAAUCAAGUUUCCUUGUAAUCUCUUCUGGCCUGGGUUCUCGUCGCUCAAUAUUUGGUAAUGUGCUUAAAACUCAUGGUAUUUUUGUGCCUAAAACACCGAUUCGACUGUUGCCUAAAUUUGGUGAAGUGAUUGACGGUUCAUUGAGGACCAAAUUGUUUCGCUGGCCAAAGGAAAAUACAA